AACAGGAGCGUCAGACCUUUUUUCAGUCUAACUAUCAGUAUGAGCCCCAGUUUGAGUAUGCCUCCCCAGAGCCCGUCAGUGUUUUGGAGAAGUACAGAGAGGGCUCCAGUCUCUUUCUGUCCCAGUAAGAAAUCGUGAGUUGGAGUUUUAUGUGAGGGAUUUUGUAUUGCAGAUUCGCCACGUUGACCAACAGAAAGCAGAUUGGUUUGAAAGUGACUUCUGUGUGAGCAGUGCUUCAUACUUCUCUACACUAUUUACAAUAGACAAUUAACCCUUUUCGCCUCCUAAUUUUUGCUGAAGUUUCAGUAAUGUGACUGCGCCUUAAUGGAAAUAGAAACCUCAUAAGUUACCCGAUUUGAAACACUCAAUGUAGGGAGAAACUCUGUGUGCCAUAUAAAUAGCUCAUGAUAAACUCAAAUUACAGUUGGUUCCUAUAGAGUUUAAUGUUUGCACGUUGCAAAGCUAAUGAUUAAGUAUUCAAAUACGUUUGAAAUGAUACAAGUAAAAUACUGCAUUUUUAAUUAGUUUGAUAUUUUCAGUUUGAAAUUAAAUCAGUAUUUUUAUAAUCAACAUUUCAGUAUCCGUUUUAGUCAGCUUGUCAUUCUGGGAUUGCCUUCCCUGCAAAAGAAACAUACAGUGCUGCCUUAGGUUUUGAAUGAAACAGGGUACCUUAGAUAUGCAAAAUAUGUAAAUAUGCUGUCUAUGUUGGGAGCAAAGUUAUGGUGGCUUAAAAUGUUGCUUACGCUGACAGCUUGCUAGAUUUGAGAAUCAGUGUUAUUUUAGAAUCAUUGAGACACUAUUAUAGUUUUAUUAAUAGAUUGAAUUAGUUUUUAUUUGUAUGUGUGGUUUUGUAAUUUUCAUUAGUUUUCUCUUUUUUUAUAUAUGUAUAUAUAGUUUUUAUAUUUUUAUUUUUUCAGUAUUAGUUAUUUUAGUACAAGAAGUUAAACUAAAUGAAAUGCUUGCUUAGCAACCAGCUGAAAAAAAUGAGUUUACUUUUUCAAAAUAUUUUAUUUCAGUUAAUGUCUAUUUAUUUCAAGUAGCAAAAAUAUGGUUUUCUCUUUUUGGUUUUCAUUUUAAUUCACUAGAGUACCCCUGUUUGGAACACAGCCAUAAUGUUAAGUCCUGAAACUAUUGCCAUUUGUCUCACCUCUUGCCUUUUUUCUAGGCAGUUGGGAUUAUGGAGUGCGUGUUGAAGAAGUAUGAGACCUAUGAAAACUUUGAAGAAGUCACAGGGGGCAGCUUGCUUCCGAAGAGUCAAGUGUGGGCAGCCACACGCAAGUACCUACAGAAGGAGGGCUGUGUUGGUGAGGUGGUUGUAAGUCUCUCUGAUGAGCUUCUGUCCCAGGCAGUAAUGAUGGUGGAGAGAUGUCGACCAACGCUAACUAUUAACUUGUCAGGAGCAAGGCAACACUGGCUUGAGGGCAUGCUUAGACAUGAGAUUGGCACACAUUACUUACGGGGUGUGAAUAACUGCAUGCAGCCAUGGGCCACUUCUGUUGGGAGAAAGCAGUUUGGACUGAAACCAGCUAAUCCUACUGAAGAGGGGCUUGCUAGUCUUCACAGUGUGUUGCUACGGAAACAGCCCUUCCUGUGGCGAGCCGCUUUGCUAUACUAUACUGUAUACCAUGCCACAAACAUGAGCUUCAGCCAACUGUUCAGCCAUAUUGCACGCUUUGUCCAAGAUCCUGCUAUACGCUGGGAAUACUGCCUCCGCGCCAAACGAGGACAGACAGAUACCUCGAUACCAGGUUGCUUCAGUAAAGAUCAGGUCUACCUUGAUGGAAUUUUAAGGAUUUUACGCCACAGGAGAAACAUUGAUUUUAAGAUAUUAACCGCUCUUGGCAAGGUUUCCUAUGAAGAUGUGGACAGACUUCGGCAUUUGGCUGUUCUAAAUGGAACUAGGAUUCCUCACUUCAUGCAGGAUGAAGGACGAUAUCUUCAACACCUCGACCACAUUAUCGCAGUGAAUGAACUGAGCGAUACAGAGCUUCAAGAGCUCAUUCCAUGAAGAGUUGCAAAAAAAAAAAAAAUCAAAACCAUUUUUUUUUUUCAGGCCAAAACAAAAAUAGAUUUUUCAAAGAUCUGAUUGAUAUAAUUUUGGAUGGUUUUUCAUGAAAACGUGAUGUUUGAUAAUCAUCCAUAGAAAGUAAUACAUGCAGCAUGGUUGUGUCCAAUGAUUGAUGUAGUAGUAUGCUACAUUAAAUGCCAUGUUACUCAGUAAGUCUGUUUACAAAUCCAAUGAUUGUCCGUUUUAAAUCCAUAUGACUCUCAGGCAUGAAAGACAUGUUUAGAUUCUUGCAAACCUAAGGUAUGUUCGGAAUGGCAUACUACCAUACUCAUACUAUUUUUUUGUAUACUGUGCACUAUGCACAUUUUUUUUUUUUAAAUAUAUGAUGUAGAACAUUAUGCCAAAGUGUGCAGUACUGUAAUGCCGUGGCCUUGACUUGAACUAGUGUUUCCAAUAUUAUGACCAAACCAAAAGAUUUCUUUCUUAAUUCAUUAGUUGAUUAGAUGGAACAAAAUAAGAUAUAAAUUCAAAACAGUUGCAAUUAUUUCAGUGGACAAUUGGAUGUCACGUGUUGAUUUAAACGUGCAUCGUAAGACAACAGAAAAUGGCCUUGCAUACUGUUUUUAAUAAACUACAUUGUAUGCAGUAACUAGUAUUCCGUUCCGAACACUACCAUAGUCAUGAGAAGCUGAAAGAUGGUCAUGUAGCAUUUUAACUGCACUCAUAAUGUAAUGGGCACAUCCCAACAUGCUAGUUAUUGAUAUCUGACACAAGGCGGAACUAUGUGAGCACUUAAUCAAAUGAUUUACCCUCACAGUGUUUAUAUGAGAAUUCACACGCACUUCAUUUAGAUUGCUGUUAGGUUUUUCUACUAGUUUUUCAGUUUCUCUAUUUAUUGUUUACCUCUUGUAUUAAUGUUAAACACUGAAUGUCUGUGGUAUUAGCUUUAUACACAAGUAGCAAAUGUGUUUUUUUCUUCAACUUAGUAUAGCAACCAAUGCAAAAAGACACCAAGGCUGACUCAUUUUAACAAAACAUUCAUUGAGAACCUUAUAAAAAAGAAAAUUACUCCAAUGAAAAAAAAAACUGGCCCCUUUGACAAUUUUAUUUUUUCCUCAUCAGGGCUUAUGAAAUGUCAGUAUUCUAUCUAGAGAUAAUCAGUGUUCUUCUGCAAACACCCUUGGUGGUCUUCAUUCCCCGUGCUAAUGUGAUGCGACACCUUUGUGGGAGAGUUGCCAGUGCAACCUCUGCUUUUCGUACCUGUUUAAAACAGUCCAGCUGGCCAGCUUCCUCAAUGUACAUAUUAAGAUUGUGACGGACUCAGGAAGAAAAAAAAAACAGGUCAUAUGGAGGUGCCUUAUAUGGGUUCCAAACUCAUGCGUCAUGUCAUAGCUCCAUGUUAUAUGCUUGAAAUCACAUAUCCAUUUGUAUUUAUCAUUGUCAGUACUGCACGAAAAUUGCACACUUCAUGAUAAGUUGCUGUUAUCUUAUUAAAACUGUACACUGAAGUCCCUAGAA